UAACAUUUGCUGUACAUGUACAAGACCAACAAUACAAUUCAAUGGUAUGGCGGUUUUAUACUCAUUAGUCACAGUAUAAGUAGACCAGGUAUUAUAAAUACCCAAGAUCUGCCUACUUUUAUUACUCUGAGUUAGGGGGUGACACUUCUUUUGUCCAGUGUGUGUAUAUGGCCGAUAUCGAGGCUACACUAAUGGAAUACGGACUGACAGGAAACAUCCAAACUACCCUGAUGUGGGACAAGUGGGCGUUGAUAUAAAAGACUCAAUUAUAGUAGGAAACUAAAGAUUGAUGAACGCUUGGUUAUCCAAAGUAUCGAAUGUUCCAAUGGUGAAUGAACUGUUACCAUUAUUCGCCAUCUCAAUCAAAAACACAACCUUAGAUUCCAAUGACUAUGGAAUUUAUAUAGAUAAUGGCCGUGGAAAUCGAGAACAGUUAACCAUUGAUGGGUGUAAGAUCAGAAAUACCAGGGAAACAUUGUUACAGUACAGUGUCCGGGAAGACAACCCCAAAGAUGUGGACAUCCAGUUUUUGAAUAACGAAAUCACUGACAACAGAGGGAGUGUACUUGACAUCAGUGGUGGUGCUCUACAUAUGACAGUAUCGGGGAAUAACAUCACAGACAAUGAAUACAGCUCUGGGUCAAUGACCUUAUACCGGGGAUAUGAAAAGACAAUACAGUUUGUGAACAAUGAUAUAUUUGGUAACCAUUACAGAAAAAUCAUCGUCAUGAAUAUGGAGGAAUCAACCUAUGAUCUAAACAAAACCCCAAACGUUGGACUGGUAGGGAAUAUCCUUGCUAACAACACUUAUUCAUACGGCAACAGCGAACGUCGGCCAUCACAGCCCCCAAUGUCAGCUGCACUCGUUUUAGAUGGUUAUGGAAAUGUCUGCGUUCAAAACAACACGCUUCAAAACCCGGGCCUAGAGGCAGAGGUGUAUGUCAAGACUCACUCUACAAAAUGGACAGACACCAUUGAAGCCAGGUACAACGUGGGGAUGUGAAAAUACCCAUUGCGUGAGAAAACGUAUAUAUGAUGCACACAGCGACAUGUAUCUGCCGGAAGUGCAAGUACUUCCAUUUGUGUCAAGAUCGAACGAGAUGGUGUUCACUCCUGACGUCACAGAGGGACUUCCACAAGGAAACGUCCUUGGCGGGUGGCUGAACAAGUCCAUCACAUUAGAAGCAGCAGGUUCUCCAUUCUAUCUAAAAGAAGAUUGGACUAUUUUACCUGGUGUUGAGGUUUUCAUUGAACCUGGUGUUUGGAUUAAGCCAGCAAGGGACAAAGGGAUCCUCGUUCUGGGACAGAUAGUUGCCAGGGGAGAAAAGGGAAAAAGGGUUGCCUUUGGCUGUCAAUACCAAACAGCUUAUUGUUCUUAUUGGCAAGGAUUGGUGUUUGCAUCAGAUGACGUCAGUACUAGCCCUUCGGAAUUGCUCUUUGUAGACGUUUUUAAUGCAGGUUACAAAGGGAACACGUACGGCGCAGCUGUGCAGUCUUUCAGCCCCAGUAUAAUCAUACAGAACUCACGAGUGAUCCAGUCCAGGUUGAACGGUAUUGAACUAAUUGGACCAGUAGUGAAAUCAAGCAUCAUUAAACGAAACGAGUUCCUUAACAACAGAGGUGUUGGGAUAAACGCUAUUGUGGCUUACCCAAGAAGUGUACCACUCAAUACCAGGGUCAAACGAGAAUCUGCGGGAUGGCCAAGUGACCUUUAUGGGGUCAAUGAUAUUUGCGAAAAAACUUCCAAAAUGCUCCUUGUUAACGACAGAACUGUGGUUUAUUAUUCUCAUGGAAAACAGCACGGAGGAUGUUAUUAUAAUUGCACGCGUGCAAUACGUUCUGAACUUGGACGGAAUAUCACAAUCCAAAUUUUACAGUUUAAUCUGCAACGUUUUCAACUGGAAAUAUUCGAAGGAUCGUCUCCUCUUCUCUCAAGGCGACUUCGAAUUCUUUAUGCUGACCAGACAAACGAUUCACUUCCUUCAGAUGUUCCAAUAAACAGUUCCAGUGUAACCAUCCGGUUAUAUAGCAGUGUCAGGAGCUGGGACACGUAUGGUUUGCAAAGCAUGGUCUUUGGUAUCAAGAUCUCCAGUGACACAUCCACAGGAUCUAUCGGCAACUUUGUCAUCGAGGAAAACACUUUCUUUAACAAUGGUCUAGGUGGAGUGAACAUAACUACAUUUGAACAGAGUAAUUGGGAUAUAAACAUCAAUAAAAACAUAUUCCACAGAAAUGGACUUUCGACUUCCAACCGAGCUGAACAUUCCAAAGCAGCUAUUCGGCUUAAUAUCGCUAACACCAGUGCUACAUUGGCAAACAAUUACAUGGAAGGGAACCAUGGUGGCAUCCACGCCACGACUCACAGCGUAUUCCAAAACAAUAAGUUGAACAUUUGGAGCAACCAGAUUCUCUUUACAACUCAGAUAGAGAACAUACUGGUUGCAGAAAUAGAGGACGGCCCUCACACACAGCAGUGCAGUAUAGAUGGGAAUGUGAUACAGCACGGACAGGGAGAUAGGUACAGUGAUGUCCUCCACCUGGAGGGUGUGUCUGGAACCGUCACAAACAACUACAUCUACAACAACACAGGUCUACAUGUGAUGUGGUGGACAACACCAGCCAAUAGGAACACGAGUGAAGUCACCACUGACAACAUCAUAUAUUACAGCAUUGCAAGAGAUGCAAACAAUAUGGCGGCCAUAGUUUCUGGUGGCUCAUCAUCGUUUCUCCAUGACAAUGUUUUCCAAAACCCUACAUUUACAUUCGAGAUGACAAGUGAAGGGUCCUCUUCAACUGUGAAUGCGUCUUCCAACUGGUGGGGUCUGACAGAGCAUGCGAAGAUCAAGCAGAGGCUACGAGACAAAGGCACGGGGUUCCUAUACCCCGAGGUCUCCAUACACCCAAUCAUCGAGUCCAUGUCUUCUUACCAAACAGGGCCCAGCGUUUUCCCUGCUGAUUACCCCCGUCAAAUAACAAAGUGUCACGUAUAGUAGGGCAGUUCAUUCCCGACUCCAGAGUUU